CACCUCUUCACCACCACACUUCUUCAUAACAACACUAAGAUUAUAAACUAUAAUAGUAAUAUAGUCUAAUAUGGCUGAUUCAGGUGGUUCUUCUACGAGAAUGUGGUGUUCCAUACCAGAACGGUUUCAGCUGCAUGGGGCCAUGCUGGUGCUGCAAGUUGGUUACGCUGGUUUCCAUGUGGUCUCUAGAGCUGCCCUUAACAUGGGAAUUAGCAAACUGGUUUUUCCAGUUUACCGGAAUCUUCUUGCUUUUCUUCUCCUUGUUCCAUUUGCAUACUUCUUGGAAAAGAAGGAAAGGCCAGCUAUUAAUUUCAACUUUCUUCUGCACUUCUUUCUUCUUGCCCUCAUCGGUUUUACAGCCAAUCAAGGUUUCUACUUGCUUGGUUUGGACAAUACAUCUCCAACUUUUGCAUCAGCUAUACAAAACUCAGUUCCAGCCAUUACAUUUCUCAUGGCAGUUGUACUCAGAAUAGAGCAAGUGAGGUUGAACAGAAAGGAUGGAAUAGGAAAAGUUGCAGGAACAAUAUUCUGUGUGGCAGGAGCAUCAGUGAUUACACUUUACAAAGGUCCAACAAUAUACAGUCCAGUUCCACCAUCUCUAAACAACAACAAUACUACCAUACAAGAGAGUUUGUUUGAGUCAUUAGGUGAUGCAAAAGGAAAAAACUGGACCCUUGGAUGUUUGUACCUUAUAGGACAUUGUUUGUCUUGGUCUGGUUGGCUGGUGUUACAAGCACCUGUCCUUAAGAAGUAUCCAGCUCGUCUCUCUGUCACUUCCUAUACAUGUUUCUUUGGACUUAUCCAAUUCCUCAUUAUUGCUUUGAUCUUUGAGAGAAACUCUCAGGCUUGGAUUUUCACCUCUGGUGCUGAAGUUUUUACCAUUCUUUACGGGGGAGUGGUAGCAUCAGGAAUUGCGUUCGCUGUACAGAUAUGGUGCAUUGACAAAGGAGGACCUGUUUUUGUUGCAGUAUAUCAACCUGUUCAAACUCUUAUUGUUGCUAUCAUGGCUUCUCUUGCUUUAGGAGAAGAAUUCUACUUAGGCGGGAUCAUUGGAGCAGCAUUGAUCAUUGUGGGGUUGUACCUAGUUUUGUGGGGUAAAAAUGAAGAAAAGAAAUUUGCAAGAGAGCUAGCAGCAACGACUUCGACUCCGGCCGAGCAUAGCGGCAUUAUCAGGGCCUCAGGCCAUCAUGGAAAAUCAUCACUAAUUCAACCUCUUCUUCCUUCAUCAACGGAAAAUGUUUGAUGAAGAAAACUUUAAGUUGAAGAUGGCUAAGCAUUUUCUAGGGACAAGAAAAAAAAAGAAGAAAGGAUGAUGAAAAUGAUAGCAGCUGUUAUACAUUACUACUACUUUAUGUCAGGAAGCUUUGUGUGUGUACGAAUGGUUUGCUUUUAGUUAAUUCAAAAUGCUUUCUUGCUGGAUAAUAUGUAGUGUCAAGUUUUUUUAUGGGAAAGAUUGCAAUGGUAGAAAUGUGUGCUCACUUGAAUUUGGGCUUAGAGCAUGAAAUCUCAUUCUAUCUACAUGUUAUAAAUGUGUGCUCACUUGAUUUUUAUUAAAACAAGAUUAAAAUGCCUCUUUAAAUAAA